AUGGUUUCAAGACAUGAGAAGGAGUUAAUGAAGACGUUUCAAUCAUUGACUUCAUGCACUGACGAGGGAAAAGCCAAGAGAUAUUUGAGUGCUAACAAUUGGAACAUCAACUAUGCUUUGAAUGAAUACUAUGACAAAGAAGUUGGUGGUUUCACUGAGGAUCAUAUGAUAAGACAUCAGUUUAAGUACCCUGAUGAGCUGGUAUCAUUAUUUGGACACUAUGCGGCUUUAAUUGAAGAAGAUGGGACUCAGAGUAUUACACCCGAUGGACUUAUAGACUAUAUCCAAGACUUAGGAUAUAAUUUGGAAGAUUUGGUCACAAUCUCUUUGGCACAUUUUUUACAGUGUAAAAACCUAGAGAAUCCUAUUACUGAAAAGCAGUUCUUGUAUUUCUGGUACAAUGAGGGCUGUUAUACGCUUGAACAAAUGCGACAUUAUCUAGAGGACUGUGAAAGAAAACUAUGUAACGAUUGGAAGUAUUUCACUACAAUAUACAACUAUUCAUUUGAUUUGAAUGCCAGUAAGCAAGGAGUGGUGGAAACAGACAUAGCUAUUGAGUACUGGAAACUGUUUUUUGAAGAGAACAGAACUAAGUUAUCAGGAAUAAUAAAAGUUGAUCAAGCACAUUUGGACCUGUGGUGUAAAUUUCUCCAGGAUGAACACAAGAAACUAAUCCAUAAAGAUACAUGGCAGAUGUUGUUGUUAUUUUUCAAGAAAUUUCCCUCCUUAGACGCAAUCAAAACUGAAUACAACGAGGCAGAUGCUUGGCCCUACACCAUUGAUGAGUUUUACGAAUACCUAGAAGAGAGAAAUGUCCUCUGA